AUGUCGCCGAUCAACGAACUGCUCAUGGAGAACCGCGAUCGUGCCGUUGUGCCUCUUCGAGGAGAAAUUCAGGUAAUCUUGGGUCCGAUGUUCUCUGGAAAAUCUACGGAAUUGGUUCGUCGGAUGAAGAGGUUCGGCGUGGCUCGGCACGAUUGCCUUGUUGUGAAAUAUGCCAAAGACUGUCGUUAUGACGUGGAAAAUUUAGCGACUCACGACAAGCAAAUCCUACCGGCUGUUGCUGCAAAUGUUUUGGCAGACGUUCGACAUAAGGCUGAAGGCGUGUCAGUAAUUGGCAUUGACGAGGGUCAAUUCUUCCCCGACCUGAAAGAAUUUUGUGAGGACAUGGCGAACGAGAGAAAGAUAGUAAUAGUUGCAGCGCUUGAUGGAACCUUUCAACGACAGCCGUUUGCCAACGUGAUGAAUUUGAUCCCCUUGGCUGAGAAAGUGGAGAAAUUGACCGCCGUUUGCAUGAUGUGCCAUGACCGUGAAGCCUCGUUUACCAAGCGUCGUGGUUCUGAAACUGAAGUAGAGGUGAUUGGUGGUGAAGAAAUGUAUCUGGCUGUUUGUCGUUCGUGCUACGGCAUGGACAGUUGCAGUCCUCUGAAGACCCCGAAAAGGGUGCCUUUCACUCCGUUGUUCCCUUCGAAGAAAAGGAAAUCUACUAGUCCCGACGAUAGUAAACGCGAAGCUGCGACGAAUCUUAAUUUUGAUGAAGAUCCUGGAACUGCAAAUGUGGUCUUACAUGAUGUGGCUCAAGAAUGACGUUCGUAGUGCAAAUAAUUUGGUUGUACUGUAUAUGUUUUUGACGUUCAUACUUCCAAUUUUUAGAAAUUCGAGUAUACUCACACAUUUUGAUAAAGUUUUUAGCCAGUUUUAUACACUAGGGGCGAGUGAUCGUCAUGAAAAACUGUGAAAAAAUAUCCUGAUUAUGUCGACUAGAUUCAUUGAAGUAUUUGUCGACUGGUGGUAAUCUGUCGUUCAUGCUGUGCUUCAUUCUUGACGAAUCAGAGACCUCAGUUUUUCAUUUUCGCCAAAAAUGCGGUAGUCGUUAGUGUCCAAAAAAGCAUCAACAAAUGUUCAUGAGUGGUGCAAUUUGAAUGAAUUCCGUGCUUUUGUAGUGUGAAUAUAUAUACUGUACUUUAUUUACUGAGUGACGUCAUCCGUCUAUGAUUGGCUGCUGAAAAUUCAUGAUGGAUGAGGUA